UCCCCUAAAUACUAGUAACUUAAUGGCAAGUAUGCCUUCAAGUGAUAAAAGAUUAAAAUGUGCAUAAUUUAGGAUUAUCAAUGUUGGCUUACGUAAGUGUGAUAAGAGAAACAUGACCAUACAUACUGUUUUAUCAAUGAAUCUUGUACUUCAAUUAUGUAUGAUAUACAUGGAGUACAAAAGCCAUGUUCUUUUUUGGAUAGAGAUUUUCUACAAGCCGUGUUCAAGGUCGAGGAUUAAAUGAGUACCAUGGUUAUUGGAUUGCUUCUGAUGUUUUUAUCCUCUUCUUGUCUCGAAGCUAAUAUUGAAAACACAGGAAAUGGGCAGCUUGGUUCCACACAUUCUAACUUAAAUUUACUGCUUCCAGUACCAAGUGGUGAACAAGGCCACCUUGAAUGGCUCUUAAAACAACAAGAAGGAAGGCAAAAUGAAAUAGAAAAAGUCCGCGCUUCAUUUAUAGAGGGUUUGUUGGAUGAACCAUUAGCGGGGAACGGUAAAGAAGGGUCUAACCCUAAAUCUUUCCUUGAGGAGUUGUUAAGUGAGCCUUUAUUUGAGAAUGAGCUAACAAAAGCCGUAAUCAAUUCUCAGAAGGUUCCUCAGAAGGCUAUAGACAUCCCAGUACCUCCUACCUUAGCGCCUGACGCGUCGCAGACUGGGAUUGUUGACGUGGUGGUAGACAGCCUUGAAAUUGUCAAACACAGUACUGGUCACGUACGUGAGAGGAUGAAAUCACAAACAAAUAAAGUCCUUGGGCCAGAGGAACGACUUAGCAAAUUUACAAAAGGAAACGAGCUUAAUACCUUGCAGAAUAUUCCAAAGGAUUCCAUUGGUGUGGACAAAGCGAUUGGAACUCUCACAUCUGUGAAUAUAAUUAAUUUUAAGAGGGAGAGAGAAUCUAAUGAUUUAAUUCAACUUAUUGACAAAAGAAAAAAUGUCCUCAAGAUAAAUCAAGGACCGGAGAUACAUCUGGAUAAUAAAGCUAAGAAAGAGGUUCCAAAUUUGCCGGUUCCUACUCUUGUACCAUAUACCAAAGAAAUAACACACAAAGAGCCUGCAACGAAGAAAAGAUUUUUACAUCAUUUGGUUUAUAUCUUUCCAUCAAGGAUGAAAACAGAUACACAUUCUAAAAGAUUUUCGUCAAGUACUCCUGAAAAGCACGGCAUUGACAAACAAAUUUCUUACAAUUUUCCAAGGAAGAUGAAAAAUACAGCAACAAAGUUUUACGCAGAAAAACAGCAGUUCAAGGGAAAGGUUUUGAUGAAAAAUAAGGAAAAUGGUAUCACUAUACAUAACCCCUCUAAAGUAAAAACUAGUGAAACAUUGAAAAAAUUCUUUCUUCCUAAAUCUCAGCUUGAAAACUAUGUUUCUUCAGACAAAUUUCGAUAUGGAACUCUGUUUCCGGUCUACAAUUAUAACGUGUACAAAUAUAGACCCUGGUAUUACGUUUCUUACGCUUUUGAUGACCAGACUAUGUUUCCUCAUUUUCGCACUCAGCAUGCAUCACAGCCAUCAAACCACAAACAAGUGAACUCCUACUAGAACUCGGAUUCUAUUUUACGUAAUGUAUUGGCCUGGAGAAUCCAAGCUAGCAAUGUCAGGAAGAUCACGAAGAACCAAAGAAAAUUCAGUUUUAAUUACAAUCUGUUCAUUAAAAAUUUAUUACCAUUUUUUCGUAGGGUUAGAUUAUAUUAAGUGAGCUCUCUAUCGUGUGCGUGAGCACGUCAUACCGGUACAUCCUUGAUUGUAUUAGCACGUGUUUUA